AUGACCUCCCUGUGGACGGUGGGCUUGGGCGUCAGCACGUUCGGCAACGUUGGCCUCUCCUUGAUCAUUGGUGGCGUUUACAACGGCUUGCUUUCUGGAGCCAACAUUGUUGGAGCGACCAUCUUCCUUCCGAUGGCAACAGCGAUCUGCGAGCUUCUAUUUGUCGCAAUCUCACGCGAGGCUUAUUGCCGAGCUGCUUGGCCCAACCGUUGCGGAGGGACGGGCAAGAUACCUGGAGAUCAGCUAUACAUCCCUGUCACAGCUUCGGUGGCCUGCAACCAUGCCGUCUCGGAGUGCAUGCACUUGGCUGCAGUUCUCGCAGGUGUGGCAAAGGACGGCACCUUCGUCUGGGUGGGGGUCGCCCUGUCUACGUUGCUGACCAACAUAUUACUGCGCUUGAGUUGGUUUCGGUUCUUUCUCUUCCAGAUCGCUCGAGGUUUAUGUGGCACCUCUCUUGCAAGAGGACUCUUCGGUCCGAGCACCUGGGUAAAACUUCAUGAGGAAAUGAAAGUUUUUGUAGGCUAUUUCCGGUUCGUUCCAGUCGUGGCCCUCGUGAUUGCAAGGGCAGUCAUGUAUGGAAUGAAGCCCUUCCAUGAUCCCCAAACCCCUGCCUUCAAUUUUGCCACCGGCUGUGCUAUUCUCGGGUUUCUUUGCACCGAAGUUCUGGAAGAUCUUAUCGUCGUGAAUGAGCUGCUGCCGGAAGCCCCGGUUUUGCCGGAGAUGCUUCGCGAUCCAACGUCGGAGAUGCAUCCCAGAGCCUUGCAAGCAGCAGAACGGAGGCACGGUCAUGCAUCCGGCGACUUCAUGUCGGUAGUCUGCGACACGGAGAAGCAGGUCUUCCACAAAAGCAUCGCAUAUUGCAGGGACGACACGACAUGGGGACGGCUUCGAAGAAAAUUGGGCCAGGUUGGACGCCUGGUGCCUGCUCCGGUGCUCUACGGCUUGCGAGAGUGGCCUUUUGGGCUACAUUUCACCAUCAUCGGCAUCUUUUGUAAUCUUAUGUUGGGCAUGAUGAGUGCGUUUUUGGGGUCUGGUUAUUUGAGAGGCUUGCACGCGACGCCGUGUCCUCCUGCACGGCUCUUGCAGAGCUGGUUCCUUGAGUCAGUGCCUUUAGCAUGCUAG